GAUUCGGGGCCCAAAAAAGAAAGGAAAGAAAUGCAGGAAAUGACAAGCCCAAGUGUAUCGAAGAAUCGCAACGGCCUUGGUUCCAUGUUACAAGUGAAUUUGCAGCAGGCAUAUAAUGAUGACAUGAUGAAAAAUAGUAAUGAUGAAUCCUCUAACAGUAACAGCAGUCCCUACUACAAAGGCCUCACCGAUCAAUCCCUUGCCAUCUUUGCACCUUCAUCUCCACCUCAUCAUGCUACCAUUCCUUGCUACCCUAUUACUCCUCUUCCUCACCUCUCAUCAUCCGGAUCUGGGGCGCAGGGGCAAAGUCCGUACUACAAGGGUCUUACCGAUUAUUCCCUUGUUAUUGGUUCUUGGAGCAGCCACAAUCCUACUUCCACCAAUCCAUCAUACCACCCUCAGUCUAGCCCUUACUACAGGGGCCUCACGGAUUUCUCCCUUGUCCUUCACGAUCAUCCUCAGGAGACAGCGAUUGAUCCCAAUGACUUAGUACUGAUCCAAGAAGGGAUUAUUGAUGCCACCGAUGAAGAAGAGAAGCCAUUGAGGGAGAGAGUGACAGUAACACCGGAUGAUGAUGAUUUACAAGACACAAGGACGAAUGAGGAUAUUUAUCAUCAUCAUCAGGAAAUAACAUCACUACAAGAGGACCCAAAUGCAUACCAAUAUGAAUGGGCAACCAAACACCAGCCCCAAACCUUGGAAGAAUUCAUCUGCAACUCUGAUAAAGCACUCCAACUCCAAGCAUUAGUAAGAGAGGGUUGUGGCUGUAAUCAUUUUAUAUUUGAGGGACCCCCCAACGUAGGAAAGAGAUCCAUGAUCCGGGCUAUGCUUCGCGACCUAUUCGGCCCUCAGAGACUGCAGGUGCUAUUUGUUGAAAAAAGAUAGUCGCACACUAAAAUUAGUAGAUUUCUCGACGAAAAAAAGUGCUAUCUGAACCGAACGCGUUCAAGGAAACCUAUCGUAAGACUCUGUCCGAAAGAACCCGUUCUACCUUUUCCAAAGAUUAGAAGGUACUAGUCUCUGACAGGUCUGUCCGGUUUAGAUACUCAAGUCUAUAGUGAGAAGAAAUCACAUACAGUAGUAGAAGCCCAAAGAGAGCGUGCAGCUCAUAAGCUUUUGCUUUAGCUCUCUUUUCUUUUGUGUCUCCUUUUUGGAGAAUACUCGAUCCGCAUUUUGGGAGCAAAGCAUGCAAAAUCGAGCAAUGAAUCUUAUAAAAAUUUCAUUUAGUAUAUUUGUAUAUAAAUAUAU